AUUUUUCCUACCAUACCUGUAAACAAAUUCCUGAAUUAUGCUAGGGGAAAAACACGCAGGGAGAAGAUAAACCGUUUUUCCUAAAUCUAUAAACAUCUGUAAAAAGCACCCAGGAUUAGAAAAAGAGACACUAAACCACAUUUUAGAGAUAGCUGUCUUUUAUUGGUUAUUCUCUGGGUGAGGAAAGUUUAACAGAAAAUAUUGUCUUCUUACCUGAGGCCUAAUUAGGGUAGUAGGUACUGUGCUUUUCCACCCCCUUUCUUUAGUCCUGGUAGUAAUUCAUAUCUCUCGACCAUGCCCAUUUUCUUCAAUCUAUAAAAAUGCUUAUUUAGAGAAUUUAUGUUUAUUUGCAUAUGAUAUAAUAGUCCAGAUCACUUACUAUGUGCUAGGCAUUGUGCUUCAGCACAUGGCAUGUGUCCUGUUUUUCUUACUGUAACUCUCUGAGGUAGACAGUAUUUUAUCCUUAUUUUAAGUACAUAAUGUCCUUCAAAAAUUUGCUGUAUUAUUGUAGUUUAAACAAAUGACCUACCCAAACAUGUGGAAUUAAUUUUUCUCUUUCCAAUCCCUCCCCAGCGAACUAGUAAUGUUCGAUCCACAUUUUUCAAGGACUGUUUAUAUGAAGUAUUUGAUGAUUUGGAGUCAAAGAUGGAAGAUUCUGGAAAACAGCUCCUUCAGUCAGUUCUCCACCUGAUGGAAAAUGGAGCCCUGGUAUUAACUACAAAUUUUGAUAAUCUCCUGGAACUGUAUGCAGCAGAUCAGGGAAAACAACUUGAAUCCCUUGACCUUACUGAUGAGAAAAAGGUUCUAGAGUGGGCUCAGGAGAAGCGGAAGCUGAGCGUCUUACACAUCCAUGGGGUCUACACCAAUCCUAGUGGCAUUGUCCUCCAUCCAGCUGGGUAUCAGAAUGUGCUCAGGAACACUGAAGUUAUGAGAGAGAUUCAGAAACUCUAUGAAAACAAGUCAUUUCUUUUCCUGGGAUGUGGCUGGACUGUGGAUGACACCACUUUCCAAGCCCUUUUUCUGGAGGCUGUGAAGCAUAAAUCUGACUUAGAACAUUUCAUGCUGGUUCGGAGAGGAGAUGUGGAUGAGUUCAAGAAGCUUCGAGAAAACAUGCUGGACAAAGGAAUUAAGGUCAUCUCCUAUGGAAAUGAAUAUGCAGAUCUCCCAGAAUAUUUCAAGCGACUGACAUGUGAGAUCUCCACGAGGGGUAGAUCAGGUAAGAUGCAUUUUGAGACUGAGCAAUAG